GCCGGACUGGGGAUCCCUCUCCUGCUCUGUCUCUUCCCUCCCCGCCCCCUUGCACUGUCUGGAAGAGGGGGGAAGUGGAGGCUGCUGCUUGGGAAGCCAUUUGGUGCUGAGAAAGUGGGCACCCAGAUGUUCUGGCCUCUGCACCCCACCUUGCGCUUGGUUCUGGCCUGCUAGGCCUUUCUCACCUGCCCAAGGGCAGCACCCCCUGCCCAGUCUUGAGAGGGCAUUGCCUCAAGGGCAUCAUCAUGGGCACUGUCAGUGAGCUCUGUGCCUCCAGUUUCCAAGCCUUCCUCUUCCCCUCCACCUUGGUAGCCACCAAGCCAGUGCCCAGCGACCUGACCCCUGAGGAGCGACAAGAACUUGAGAACAUUCGCCGACGCAAGCAGGAGCUGCUGGCAGAUAUACAGCGUCUGAAAGAUGAGAUAGCAGAGGUCACUAAUGAAAUCGAGAACCUGGGCUCUACAGAAGAGAGGAAAACCAUGCAGAGGAACAAGCAGGUGGCGAUGGGCAGGAAGAAGUUCAACAUGGACCCUAAGAAGGGAAUCCAGUUCCUGAUAGAGAAUGACCUCUUGAAGAACACCCGCGAUGACAUUGCCCAGUUCCUCUACAAAGGGGAAGGGCUCAACAAGACAGCCAUUGGCGACUACUUGGGUGAAAGAGAUGAUUUCAAUAUCCAGGUGUUGCACUCAUUCGUGGAGCUGCAUGAGUUUACAGACCUCAACCUUGUCCAGGCACUGCGGCAGUUCCUUUGGAGCUUCCGGUUGCCGGGCGAAGCACAAAAGAUUGAUCGGAUGAUGGAAGCCUUUGCACAACGGUACUGUCAAUGCAACCCCGGUGUCUUCCAGUCAACAGAUACCUGUUAUGUGCUCUCGUUUGCCAUCAUCAUGCUCAACACCAGUCUUCAUAAUCCCAACGUUAAGGACAAGCCAACAGUGGAGCGCUUCAUUGCCAUGAAUCGUGGCAUCAAUGAUGGCGGGGACCUGCCCGAGGAGCUGCUUAGGAAUCUGUACGAGAGCAUUAAAAACGAGCCCUUCAAAAUUCCCGAGGAUGAUGGCAAUGACCUGACGCACACUUUCUUCAACCCAGACCGUGAAGGCUGGCUUCUGAAGCUCGGUGGCCGGGUGAAGACGUGGAAACGGCGCUGGUUCAUCUUGACGGACAACUGCCUUUACUACUUUGAGUACACCACGGACAAGGAGCCACGAGGCAUCAUUCCCUUGGAGAAUCUGAGUAUCCGUGAGGUUGAAGAUUCCAAGAAGCCCAACUGCUUCGAGCUGUAUAUCCCUGACAACAAGGACCAGGUGAUCAAGGCUUGCAAGACUGAGGCAGACGGGCGUGUGGUGGAAGGGAACCACACUGUCUACCGCAUCUCUGCACCCACCCCAGAGGAGAAGGAAGAGUGGAUGAAAUGCAUCAAAGCUGCAAUUAGCCGGGAUCCAUUCUACGAGAUGCUUGCUGCACGCAAGAAGAAGGUCUCCUCCACCAAGAGACAUUAGCCACAUGGCUUUGUUGAGUAGCAGUGACAUUGGCAGCUGUUGCCUCUCCGUCUCCUGGCAGAGAGGAAGAGGAGCGAGACGACACAGACCCGCCUGCUCUGCAUUAUGACCCCAAGGGGGGACUAGCUUCAGCUUUUGCUAUUCUUUUCUGGUUUGGGGGCAGGAAGAGUUGCGGGGGGUAGGCUAUGUUGAUGGCAACCACCAGCUCUCACUGACUUAUUUAAUUUGCAAGAAUGCCAUCUCCCUGCCAGCCCCUCAGCUGGGCAGCUUGAAGCCAAACCACGUCACUGGUAGCCCAAGUGGCAGGAAGAGAAGAAUUGUUGGGGUCUUUUCUGCUACCGUGGCUGACUUGUUCCUUGCCUGUGCCGAUGGUGAGGCAGACCUAUUCAAGCUGCCAGCGAGAAGUGUCGGCUGUACCAGGCUUUAGGCCUAAUACUCUCCGAGACCCUGAAUCAGGAAUGGACCACAAACUGCCAAAGGCAUAGAUCAGUCUGCAGCAGAGGUUGGGGGCAUGGCUCUCUAGCACUGAAGCAGAGAGAUCCCUGUGGCCCUCUGCAUCGCCAUGUUGCUCCCUGUUCUUUGGACAGGUAAGCCCAAUGGCUUCUUUCCCCCAAAGCAGUUGAGCUGUAUGCUCUUUCAUGUUUAAUUUCCAGGGUUCUCUGUCGCAAGGUGUUUUAUUAACCACGUUGAGUAAUAAGCAACCAAGAAUGUCAGUCCCAACAGCUGGCAUGAUGAAUAGCAAGGCUGCCACCUCCAGGAUUUCCCCUGCCCUCGUUCUAGAGGGCACUGACUUAGGCUGCCUCGUAUGUGAAGCAGGAAUGAGGCCAGCAGAGGGCUCACUCAAGCAACCUUGCCCAGAUGAGAAGGCGGUGCUCUUGUGAGCUAGCGGCAUGCAUGUGGUUGUGGGUGGGCAGGAUGCUUUACAGGGAGGCUUUUCACCCCUUUGCCAGUGGCUGCUGGGAAACCCUCUCACCCAGCAACUGGGCACAAAAAUUUAUCCCUGCAGCCAGAGCUUCCUCUGUUUUUUGUUUGUUUGUUUAACAUUGCAAUCGGGAGCAGGCAGAGCUGAAGAGAAAAGACCUGCACCAUUCCCCGCUACCCUGAAGAAAGAAGCUGAAACAGGCUGGCUCUGGAUUCUUUGACAUAGGCUAUCUUCUUACAGUUGCACUUUUCAGUAGAGGGAGUGGAUGGAUUGGGAUGAAGGCUGUCCUGGACAGUGGGGGCACUUCUUGGCUCUGAAGCACAAGCAGAUGAUUGGUUGCUGGGGAACCAUUGGAAGCCCAGGGUGGGUGGGGUAUGAGAUGAUGGCUUAUGCCUGGAGCACUGAGCUGGGGUAGGCCGUAAGAAGACGGUUUUCCCCGACUGUUGAUUUCAUUAUGCGCCUUGGAAAAGCUCCAGUUUUCCCCAGCUCAGUAUUAAUCUAUUUAUCGGAGAUGUACAUACUCUCUGUAUAGAUUUUUCUCCUUUUAGAUUAUUUUGUAUUUGUUUUUAAAUAAGAGGAUUGUUUUCUGUGAAACAUAGCAGAAUUCUAAAAAAAAUGCUGUGGCACAAGGGGGGGGCAGGAAGCAAGGGGGUUGCGGGAGGAAGGUGGAAGUUACUCCUGGUCAAAAAGUUUGGUUACAGUUUUUUGUGUUGAAUCCUUUUCCACCCCAUUGUUGGGUUUUUGUUGCCACAACCUUGUGAACUAGCACAGAGCAACUGCAGCAAAUAAAUGUUGAUCUCACACUUGGCUCUAUGCCCUUCUUUGGCUGCCUCUGUCUCUGUGAUCUACAUUUAUGUGGUUUUCCUAUUUGAGGUUAGUAGCAUUACAUCAAGCAAUUCAGGGGCCUUGGGCCAGUCUAUUUAGAUCUGUGUGAUUGAGGACAUUUCGGUAGCCAUACUGAGGAAGGGUUUCAUUGUGGCUUCCCUCCCCAGCUUUAAUUUUUCUUUAUCUGCCAGGGGAAGCUGCUGGUAAGAUUGGUUUAAGUUAAGGGACCAGAAUGUAAAGCAUUCAUCUGGCUUCCCAGCAUUGACAUUGGUUACUGAUAGCUAGCUGCUAUCAGUAGCCAGAUGCAAAGAGGUUAUAAAGCGUACAUUAGGAAAUGAGGUUACAGUGGGUUGUAUUCAAGCUCGCACUAAGGCAAACAGGGCAACAAAUUCUCCUUGCUCAACAGAAAGUUAUUUCCCCAAACAUGUUCUGGAAAAUCUCCUAACCCUCUGGAGCAGAGCUUGGGGAUUGUGUGUUUGGGGGUGGGGAGAUGGGAGUGGACGUCCCACUGUGCUAGCAGAAAUCCUUGCACAGGUACAAUUAUUUAACUGGAUACUGCCCAGGGUGUUGUUUUUUGAGAGGGGCUUAGAGAAGACCCUGGUGGAUUUGGGAUAAGACAGCAGGCUACAGUGGGGCCCCUAGUCUGUGGAUGAUUUGGGUUUGCAUCUCCACAGUACAGUAGUGUACACAAGCUGUGGAACCUGCAAGUUGUUAUGUUUGGGGAACAGCAAGAGCAACCCACUUGUGGGUAAAAUGUAAGCAUGCCUACACUGAACCCACCUCGUCACAAACCAGCAUAAUGUUAAGAUAGUGUUAUGUCUAUGCCUUUCCCCUGCAUGGCUUUGCAAAAUCAGUUUUUGUUUCAUCAGAUUCUGGAUUUUUAAAGCUGUCUCAGGGGAUGUGCCUAGAUGGGGUUUACAUGCCAGUUGACCUCUAUCUAUUAUAAAGCUUUAAAAUCUUAGUAGCACUGUAUACUUACAGAAUAACAGGAUUACCUCCAAAAAUAGGCAACAAUUGCUUUGUCUAAAUAACAUCCAGCAAAACUUAGGUGUUCACCUCCAGUGUGUCUCAGAUUCUACAAAAGUGAAUUAAUCAGUCAGACAAUUGCAUUCAAAAUACACAUUAGCAGAACAAAGGUGGUGUAUCUAAUGCAGACUUUCUUGAUCACCACAGCUCUUCCUGAUAAUGGAGCAAGUGGGGUUGAACUUUGGCUAAUUUCCUGCAUGGGUUCUUAGUAAGAACUUCAAAAUUCUGCUCGGGUCCACUAUAUUUCUUUUAAAGAUCCCUCUCUUGCUAAAAUUGGUUCAACUUUUCAAACUCAUGCAGCCUGAGCAGCAACCAGCAGAUGGCACCAAGGUAUCACAUUUGGGUUUGUAGGGGGAAAGGAAUGCUUAUCUGCAGAAAUUACCUUACCUUAAAUAAUCUCUUAACACUCUAGGCUGUUUUUCUUAAGGAAUGUAAGUUUAUAGCAGCUUUGCAAAAUGGUUUUCAGUGCCCACAAAAUGUAAAUAAGAAUCAAUGUGCUAUCUGUGGUGGUAGUGGGUAACCUGGUUUGAUUAAGUCAUAGGUGGGAUGAAUAUGUUAGCAAUGCUCAUGCUUCUCAUGAUCUUCCACCCCUUUCUCUGAUAUCCAAAGCAAGGGGUGGGGGUUCACCUUGCCUAAUAUGUGGUCCCUGCCUGGCCUCUAUGGGCGGGAAAGAGGAUUCUCCUCAUUUCCUUUUAUGGCAGUGGUAGCAGUAAGUGGAGGAAGUGCUCUUUCUAGAUGCUCUCAGUACCACAUCAGGACUUCUGGCACUGUAGUAUGGGGAGGGCAUCUUCCAAUGCUGCUAUUUCAGCUUUUAGGGGAGUAAGGAGGAAGGGUGGAUGCUUUGGGGUCAUGGGGAGGUGCAGAUCAAAAGAAACCAGGAACCCUCUCUCCCAGAUAAUUUAUUUUAGUCCAGAGAAGACUUUAAGGGUGCCUUAAUAACUUGUCCCCUCCUUUUGCAGUGCCCCCUUAAGAACACUGGGAGUUUGCUUCCAAGCUAAGCCAUGCUUUAGGCCGACAUCCAUGGCAUCACUGUUGCUUCUGAAAAUACUGUAGAAUGAGUCCCUGCUUGUUCUCCACUACCAUUUCCACUUCUACUCUUAUCUAGUCCUCUUUCAGGGCUCCUGAUUAGCAUCCUUCUCCAGCUUGUGACAUCAUAUCCCCACCACCAAACCAAUUUAGUUGGUCUAACAGCGAGACCUGUACACUCUCUCCGCACAAGGUUCUUUCUCUGCCAACCUGGUCCUGUGUAUGGUCUUCUCAGUGCCUCUUAUUCUUCCAUCAUGGAUGAUUUCAGCAGCAGGAGCCACAGUAUCCCUUGUGGGUUUCAAACCAGCUUCCUAUGGCAUUCCUCUCCGUUGCAGUCUGCACAGAAAAAGGUGUCCGGGAGGAUCUGUACCUUUGGGGUGAAUAUGUAGUUAUUGUGCCCUGGAGUCCCAGGAAGGUGACCUGGAAAAGAAACUGCAAUUAGUCUUACAAAGAGUGAAAAAUGGGCAGCACAAAGAUAUCCAAGCAACAAUGAUUGCAUUUUUCAGUAGUGGUGCCUAAUGGCAGAAUACUUUAUGCAGUUAUGCGCCUCUUAAUGCUAUAUUAUUUUUAGGAAGCUGUUAUUUUUCAUUACCGCUCCCUCAAAAGGACAUUAGAUUGAGCUAGUUUGAAAACAAGAAAAAUAUUUGCUGCCUUUUACUGCACCAGCUUUUGCCCUAAAUUGUCUAGAUAUCUGAUGGAAGGCCUGAAAAUGUCUUAGAUUGGAAAUUACAUGGUGAUUUGAAAGUAAUUCACAUGCAUUUCCAACCUCCCUGGAGAUGCUGGUGAUUGAACCUAGGAGCGCCUGCAUGCAAAGCUGAUGCUCUACCAGUGAACUACAGUCCCCCCCCCAAUCUACAUCACUCCCGGUGCCAGGUUCUCCAUAAUUUUUAAAAUUUAUAUAUGUGGGGUUUGUUAAGCACCUCUCUAAGCCAAUCCCCCAGGAAGCUGCUUUGACUUCAAAGAACAAAGGCAGAAUCAUUAAUACCCUGAUGAAAGGUCAGAUAUUCAGAGUCAGACAUGGAAAGGGGUGGCGUGCCUUCUCCAGCUGUGUGUUACUUAGCAGAAUUGAGAGGGGGAGAUUGCCAGAGAAACAGGGGUAUGAUGUCACCACAGAGGUUUGGGGAACAGGGUUUUCUGGGAAGGAGGAGCAAGAAGUGGGUGGAGCUCUGAAGUGUGCUGGCUGGAAAAGGCUGCACCGAGAAGCAUGACUGGCUGCUGCUUUGGACCCAAGCUGCUGACAAGAGGAGCAACGAGAGAUAGUCUUGGGAUGUGUUGUUCUGCACCCCCACCACUGAAGGCUUCAGCUGUAAACAUGUAUAAAAUAAACCAUAUUUCUUAAAGA